AUGUUGAAGGAAUCCGGGCAUGAUACGUCCGAAGAUCCUCAGAUGAUGAGAUCCAUUCUAUCUGGUGAGACCGUUUUUGUACGUGUCACGCUCACCUGGCAAAUCGUUGCCCGAAGCUACUACCCUUUCGGAUGGUAUGGACAUGAAACACGUGGAGUGCUUGUUACAGUAGGAGCUUCGCCAGCCUCGCCCUCUGCCACAUUGGUCAAGUUUGACUAUGAAACUCUCACAUACUAUUAUGGUAGCUACGAUGAUGUUAUCAAACUUAAGAAGGACAGAAGUCCUGACGAGAUUUGCAAGGGACCUCUGCAAAGACUAGAGUAUUCGUUCUUUGUCUUGUCCCAAAAAACCAUGGAACGUAUUUCUCAAGCUCGUUCAAAUCCUACCAUGGGCAGAGCAUACCACAGAUACCAAGAACGAAAGGAGAGAGUGCGCAACUCGGUUGUCUUCUCCAUGUCGCUACGUCCCAUAUCUCACAGAAGUCAUUCAACUUUGGGCCCUAACGUUAUUGUAGAUGAUGUAGACGCCAUUCAGAUAAAGCUCUAUAUUGCCCCAUUCUUCCCCAGUCACACAGAGACUCAAGGUGUCACUUGGUUUGAUGGUGUCUUGACUUACAGACAGAGGCGGCGAAGCUUACAUUGGUCGAGUCGGGAGCUCGGAAUUUAUCCCGACAGGCAAGACGGUACCAGAGGACCUCCGGCCUCAAUAAGGACUGUCAUCAUCCAGUCAUUGGAUGAUAUUUUUGCUCCACUUCCUGUCAACCAACAGUCAAAUGCACCAAAUACCCGACACAGCCCAUCGAUGAGCUCCCAUCGACCCGACCGUCCGUAUAUGGUUCUGCCAUCAGCAGUGGUAGAUAGAAUCAUUCGUGGAAGACGAUUGUUACAGAGCAAUGCUUUGAGGUCAAAGAACAAAGUGAAGACAAGUGAUGCGGCGCCCUCAGCGUGCCCCAGAAAGGCAUUUUGUGAUGAGAGAAACUCGACAAUCCUUUCAAUGCCAUUCCUUUCUCCUGAGAAUCCUCUCUGGGGUUCUGCCAGACGGACCCCUGGAGUGGUGAAAUCACAGCACAAAAACAUGAGCAGUUGGGCUCAAUCACUGCCUGGCAGAGCUAGCUGCUGGAACAUGGUAAAUACCCCUGGUCUGCAGUGGGAUUUCUAUGGCUCGAUGACGGAGGACGCACAGUCCAUCAUCGAUCUAUAUCGACAAACUGAAGCUGGCGCCAAGCUGAAUGGGGUGGCAAUAACACCAGAUAGACUCCCUGAUGCCUUUGUCAGACUGGGAAGAGGUACACGUUUCACUGGUGCAGAGACUAUGCUCCCCGAACUCUGGGCGGUCCGUAGCACUAUCAAGGCUCCCCAAGAGUCAUUGUCGCUCGAUGAUCCCAAUAACAGCAGUCCCACCCCUGAGCCAGUGGAGGAAACCCCUUUCCAUUCGUCUCACAAUGAAGACUCUACUGGGUCAGACAGGGGAGAGGAAGAGAAGUAG